GACCUAGACAGGUAGCGCCCCUGACGGUCGCUAUAGCAGUCGAAAUUUCUUUUCCGACGGGACCACAUUUUUUCGGAAACCGCAUUUCGGUGGCAUCAAAUCUCGAGAAAACGCAAACAUGGGCGUGAGAGUGGAAUCGAUUACACCUGGCGAUAGCAGAACUUAUCCCAAGACUGGACAAACCGUUGUCGUACACUAUACAGGUACUUUAAAGGACGGUAAAAAGUUCGAUUCCAGUAGAGACCGAGGUGUGCCAUUCAAAUUCAAGAUCGGCAGAGGCGAAGUUAUCAAAGGUUGGGAUGAAGGCGUUGCUCAAAUGAGUGUCGGACAACGUGCAAGAUUAAUUUGCUCUCCAGAUUACGCUUAUGGUUCUCGAGGACAUCCUGGAAUUAUUCCGCCCAAUGCUGAGCUCACCUUCGAUGUUGAGCUGAUAAAAGUGGAACCAUGAACAUCCUCUCCUGAAAAAAAUAAAAAUCGACCAAAUUUCCUCGAUUUCAACAAUCACGGAAUUUUAAACUGUAAUAAAAAUUGCAUUUUACUAUCGGGUUUAUUGAACCUUGUGUUUAGGAGAUUUCCUCAAAUAUAGACGGCGCACUUAAUCACUAAAAAAUUUAAUUAAUCUUCAAUUUCUUAAUUAAAUAAAAAAAACCCAAUGAAAAAUGAAGAACUUAAAAAUUUUUCCUAAAACAAGGUCGAUAUAUAAGAUAUUUUCAUGAAUUUCUAGAAUCUGAAAUGUUAACAACACUUUUUCUUCACUAUAUCAUUAAAUUACAUUUUCCAAAAGUCAAAACAAAAUAUAAAAAUAUAUAUAUGUACUUUGUUCAUUCCAAUUUAUUCUUAGCAAUUUUGUAAUCUUCUAGUGCAUUUUGUACAAAGAAAAAAAAAUUUGCAUUCAAUCAGUAAUAAUUAUGAUCGUUUGUAUCAAUUCUGUAAACUACAAUAAAAGCUGUCUUAAUCUUAAA